AGGCCACGUAAUUGCAACCACCGAUGACGACGCCACCCACGCGCGAUCACUGCCACGGCUGUCCACCGCGACACCAUCGCUGAGCACACCGAGAGGUCAUGGGUCACGAGCGGUCAUGCUCGUCCUCUGCAGAUGGUUUCACUUCUGUCUUCAUGCUGGAGCCGAGACGUCAUACGCCUCUUCGAGAGCACUUCUCAACAGCAGGAGAACUCGACCGUGCGUGUACAAGACUCUCUGUUGACAGACUCUGCUUCUGGGAACACGAACUCUGAAAGCAACCCUACAUCCUCGCAAUCCUGACCGAGAAAGAAAUAGCGACAACAACCAGAGCACAUCGCGUAGCUUCCACCUGGCGCUACACACCGCCAUCAACAAACUGAGGGCUUUGCUACCGGCCACGCGAAGAGCAGCACCAUGGCAGCAUCGUGUGCAAGGGCAAAGCUCCACCAAGUUUCCAAUGAUAGCUGCAGGCGCGUGCUCAAUGCAUCAGCCUUUUGGUUCUUGCGCUGCCUGUGGGACACGGCUACGGAUUAAGGAACUGUAAGCAGAUGCCCAUAACGACUGCCAACUGUGUGCAUAGAAAUAUCCACGAACUGGAAGAAGCCAUAUCCGACCUCCGUGGAGCUCCCGUGAUACUAAACCUAUCCAACAAUGCCUUGACCGUGAUAAGGAACAACAGCUUCAUAAGACUGGGCAGCCUGAUCCACCUGAGGAUGGACAUCAACCACAUUUAUGUCAUUGAGGCGGGAGCAUUCAACGGCCUUAGCCAACUUCAACAUCUCAACCUGUCGUUUAAUAACAUCAGUAGGCUAAUACCUGGUGCCUUCAAUGGGUUAAUAGAUCUCAAACAAUUGAUCAUUGAUAACAACAGGCUUGAGCCCACACUUGAAAUGUUCAAGCCCUUGAAAAAUGUAAUUCAACUGAGUCUCACCAACAACGAAUUGUCGAACUUCUCGCGGGUCGUGGAGGCCAUAUACGAGUUGCCGUUGUUGCAAUCACUCAAUCUAGAGAGCAACAGGCUCACAAAGAUAAUUGUCGGAAAGGAUCUGAGACUUCAAGAGACCGUGGAAUUGAUGUUUCUUUCAAACAACUCUAUUGAGAGCCUUUCCCUUGAGCGCAACUUCUUAAAUCACAUUACUUCACUCGAUUUGUUCAACAGCAGCCUCACGAAUGUUUCAGAACUCGCGGGCCUCAACAUGAGUAGCCUCUUACAGCUGAGACUCAGCAUGAGAAACCUGAACGUCUCUAAGCUUCAAACGUUAAAUAACAUGUUUCCAAAAACACUCACAUUUGCAUAUUUCCCAUUGGGCAGUUUGCCAAAUCUACAUUUAGUUUGUCGGUUGAACGUAACCAGGCAGGUAAUGUCUCUCACUCUGACGAAUAGCUACAUCUCAAACGUGAGUGAAUCUUUUUGCAACUGUCGUGAGAUUCAAAGUUUGGACCUUUCAUUCAACAGAAUCAAGUCAGUCGAGAAGUACAACUUCCUGAGCCCCAACAACACGUUGCAUAAUUUAACUUUGAACAAGAACCAAAUUGAGGUGUUAGAGUCUUGUGUAAAAAAGGAUAACUCCAUAUCUGUGAUAUGCACGCCUCUUCCUUACUUAGAAAACGUAUUUAUUAAGUACAACAAUAUAUUUCAAUUGGAAUCUUACGCCUUCGUUCAUAUGAAAAACCUUCGCAAGCUAGACCUCACCGGAAAUGACAUUUUACGACUGAGCAAAAGACCCUUCCACGGUUUGCACAACCUCAGUCACCUGGUGCUGGCAAACAACGUCAUCCGCAGCUUGAACGUCCAGUCGCCGUUUUCCCCGCUCGAAAAUCUAAAAAGCCUUAUGCUACGAAACAAUCGAUUGAAAAUUCUGAAUCGAAGUGUAUUUUCCAAUUUAACAAACCUGGAGAUUUUGGACUUGGGUGGCAACGCUCUCUCAUAUCUUCAUGGAGAGACAUUUUCUGAACUUUCAAAUUUGAAAAAUCUCUACCUGGACAGGAAUGUAAUCCGCAGCCUGGACAACCGAGCUGUGUUUGCUGGGCUACAUUCUCUGCGUGUCCUCGACCUGGUCAAGAACAUGAUUGUAUACAACUCUCCAACCAUUAGAAACCCACCCUUUGUUGAACUCAACAAUCUAAUUAACCUUAAACUGAGUGCCCAACAGCCAUAUGGUAUGAAGAGCAUUCCUAAAAACCUCUUCAAGGGGCUUUAUGCUUUGGAAAAACUUCAACUAGGUGGCAACAAACUUUUGUUCCACGGAGGGCACCCUUUUGAUGGCAUGCAUAACCUCAAAUACCUAGAUAUUCACGAUGUGUGCAGUGGCUUACAAAUAAUGAACAAGACAAUGUUCUACAAACUUAAAAAAUUAUCCAGCCUAGACCUUGGCAACGAUGGACUGGGUUCCAUCAACAACCAACAGUUUCAGAACCUGACACACUUGGAAACAUUAUAUCUCAAUGAUAAUGCUAUUCGUUAUGUAACAGAGGAGUUAAUUACACCCAUGACAAACCUUCAAUAUUUAGACUUGAGAAAUAAUCCUAUAGAUUGCACUUGCGACAAUGCCUGGUUUAAAAACUGGUCAUUCGCCAGCAAUAUACAGGUGACCGGCCUUUACACGUUGCAAUGUGAAGUGGGACAUGGAUUCACGUUUUCCUUUUUCGUCGACUUUGACACGUCCGUCUGUCAUGAGAAGUUGGGAAAAGUCAUGUUCAUCUCGACGACCACGACCAUCUUGCUCACCAUCCUCAUCCCGCUGGUGUACGCAAAGGUGCGCUGGCACAUUAUCUACGGCUACUACAUGUUCCGAGCCUGGUUCCGCGACUACCGCCGCAACGCCGCGGACAAACAGGUGUACACCUACGACGCGUUCAUCUCGUACAACUCGAUGAACGAGGACUGGGUCAUGUCUGAGAUGGUCCCCCAGUUGGAGAAAGAGGGCCCGCCCUUUUUCAAGCUCUGCGUCCAUCACCGCGACUUCGUGCUGGGCAAGUACAUCGUUGACAACAUCGUGGACGCGAUCUACAACAGCCGCAAGACCAUCUGCGUGGUGAGCGAGAGCUACCUGCUCAGCGAGUGGUGCUCCAUGGAGAUCCAGAUGGCCUCUUACCGCCUCUUCAACGAGCACAAGGACAUUCUCAUCAUGGUUUUCCUCGAAACGAUCCCCAGCUACAAGCUGUCGGCCUACUACCGCAUGCGCAGGAUUGUCAACAACAAGACGUACAUCGUGUGGCCCGACGAUGACAUCGGGCGGGAGCUGUUUUGGGCCAAGCUGCGUACGGCCCUCGGGAGGCCGACCCCGAGUGGCCGUGAGCAGCACGAGCUUCCGUGAGCUAGCAGAUCUACGUUUUCGCAGUGGAAUAUAAAACUUAAGCAGAUCGGUGAGAAAGGUUGACACGAAAGGCCGCCAAUGGGGAGAAUGCAUCCAGGGGGGGCAAUGGGCUAAUGUGCAGAAUUGAGAUGGAUUGUGGAAUCAGAGGGGAGCCACGGGGAAGGGAGGGCGAGAUGGUGGUGGUGGUGGGGUCAGGUUGCAGGUUGCUCAGCGCCUCAGAAAAAAAGAGCCCAGAGGUGCCUCAGAAACCUCCACACUCCCCACCUGUCACUUUGUCCCGGGGCGGUGACACGGCCAAGUUGGUGGCAGCACCCAUAAAUACAAAUAUAAAUGUGUGUCGUUAAACCCGCCGCCACCACCCGACACAGCCUAUGAGCAAGGUUUGUCACGUAAACAGAGCGUGCCGAUUCGU